CCUGCGUCAAAACAUUCCGGUGUGUCUAUGCGGCUUUAACGGUGCUUUUCGGAUUUUAUGAGUGAUUAUGGCUGCGAACAGCAGCACCGGUUCGGCUACGGAGCCUCCGGGACUGGAGACCCAGUGGCGGGAGAUCGACAACCUGAACCAGCAGCAGCUCCGGUCCGGAGACAGCUGGUAUUUGUUGGACAAAAGGUGGUAUGAUCAGUGGAAAGAGUAUGUGCACACCGGGGACCAAAAUUCUUCCUCCUAUCCCGGGAAAAUUGAUAACACUGAGCUCUAUGAAGAUCUGGAUUCCUACCAUCUUAAAGAGAGGCUGACAGAGAAUGAGGACUUUGUCCUGGUCCCAGCAGAAGCCUGGCAUAAACUCUUGUCGUGGUAUGACAUGAUGGACGAUCAGCCUCCUUUGGAGAGAAAGGUUGUUGAUCUUCCCAGCACUGUUAAAGUAGAGGUCUAUCCUGUGGAGGUCUACCUCUGUCUUUCUAGCAACCUGGAGAGCACUGUUUCUGCACGCUUCAGUCGAGCAGACAAGAUACAUGCUAUACAUCAAAAGAUACGGCAGCAUUUUAAUGUAUCAGAGACUGCUGAGAGCCGACUGUGGAUGCGGAGCACGGAUACGAGCUCAGAGAGGCUACGCAACCUUAACAUGACUGUCCUAGACACCUGCCUCAGCUCUGGCAUGACGGUGAUUAUGGAGAUCAGGAAUGCGGAUGGUACGUGGCCCACAUCCAGGCCUCAGAUCAUGCGGAACUCUGCUGAUGAGGACUCGUAUCAAGGGCCUCCUGGAGUGUGUGGCCUCACAAACCUAGGCAACACCUGCUUCAUGAACUCAGCUUUACAGUGUCUAAGUAACACGCCGCCACUGACUGAGUACUUUCUGAAGAACUCAUAUCUGGAGGAGCUGAACUUCACCAACCCUCUGGGCAUGAAGGGUGAAAUUGCAGAAGCCUACGCAGACGUCAUCAAACAGAUGUGGUCAGGCAGGCACUAUUCUGUGGUUCCUCGAGUAUUUAAGACUAAGGUCGGCCACUUUGCGUCACAGUUUCUGGGCUACCAGCAACACGACUCUCAGGAGCUGCUGUCUUUCCUGUUGGACGGUCUACAUGAAGACCUAAACCGGGUCAAAAAGAAGGAGUAUAUUGAACUCAGGGAUGCUGAUGGCAGACCUGACCAGGAAGUGGCUGAGGAAGCAUGGCACAACCAUUUGCGGCGGAACGAUUCGGUCAUCGUCGACACAUUCCACGGGUUGUUUAAGUCAACUCUGGUGUGUCCCGAGUGCAACAAGGUCUCUGUGACCUUCGACCCCUUCUGCUAUUUGAGCGUGCCCUUACCUGUUAGUAAGGAGAGGGUCAUGGAGGUCUUCUAUGUGUCACUGGAUCCCACAGCCAAACCCACCCAGUAUCGUCUGAUUGUCCCUAAAGCUGGCCGAGUGAUUGACUUGUGCGCUGCCCUCUCUCAGGCAACAGGCAUCCCUCCCAACCAGAUGGCUGUGGCUGAUGUUUUCAAUCACCGCUUCUACAGGAUUUACCAAACUGAUGAAUUCUUAAGCUGUAUAUUGGACCGGGACGAUAUAUUUGUGCGAUAUGUCCGUCCACUAGACCCUUCAGAAGAAGUAGAGGAGGAAGAAGAUGAGGAAGAGUUGUACAAGGCGCAGACCAAUGGAGUUAGUGAUGAUGAAGGUGAGGAAGACUCUGAGGAGGCGGGGCCAUCCAAGAAAGAGGAAGAGACUCAAGAAAGCAGUCAGACCGAAGAGCAGAACAACUGCCAAUCAGAAGCCAGCCCGAGCAGCGAGGGGGAGGAGAGAGCCGAGGAGGAGGAGUCGAGCAGCGAACCGGACCGGGGCAGCAGUACGGAGGAGGGCCAAUCAGCAUGCGGCAGCACUGACACCAACUCCCAAGACGCCACUGACGUGGACCAAAGUGCUGGCGCGGAACCUUCGGGAAAGGAGGAAGAGGACGAAGAUGAGGAUGAGGAAGAAGAGGAGCCUGCAUCUUGCGCGCAGGCAAAUAAGAGGCUUCCGGGAAGACGGCACUACACUGAGAGGCGGAAAAAAGCCCUCUUUACCAUGCAGGCGGUCAACUCUAAUGGUACCACGGAGCGAGGGAUGGGAGAGGCGGAUGGCAGCUUCUCUUUCAGCUCUCAGCCAUAUAUCGCCAUCGACUGGGACCCUGACAUGAAGAAGAAGUACUACAAUGAGAAUGAAGCCGAGAAAUAUAUAAAGCAUCAGAGCAUGGACGUCCCUCACCAGCAAACCACAGUGCAGCUGCAGGAAUGUAUAGAGCUCUUUACCACGGUAGAGACACUGGAAGAGGAAAACCCCUGGUAUUGUCCGACAUGUAAAAAGCAUCAGCUUGCCACUAAGAUAUUGGAUCUGUGGUCUUUGCCGGAGGUUCUUAUCAUCCAUUUAAAGCGUUUCUCCUACACAAAAUACUCUCGAGAGAAACUGGAUACCAUCGUGGAGUUCCCCCUGCGGGAUCUGGACUUCUCAGGUUUCCUCCUAAAGAAGACAGUGAACAGUACUGAACCUCCCUGUAGAUAUGACCUGAUCGCUGUGUCGAACCACUACGGCGGACUCCGAGACGGUCACUAUACUAGUUAUGCCCGGAACAAGGAUAAUGGUCAGUGGUAUUACUUUGACGACAGCAAGGUGACCUAUGCAAGGGAGGAACAAAUAGUGACCAGUGCCGCCUACCUCCUGUUCUACCAGCGCCAAGACAAGAUCCGCCAUCCCACCAUCCCUCCACCCAUACCCUCCUCCACCCAGCCAGAGAACCACAUCUCAUCCCAGACCCGUGAUGGCAUGGAUGGAGCCGCUUCCUGUGUCAGCAUGGAGACGGACUGAUUUCUGUCCUUUUGUCUUUUACACGUUCCACUUCAUUCUUUCUCACUCUUAUCACUUCCAUCUUUCUGGCAUACUGUCGAUCGUCUUAAUCAACAGAAACUUGAACCUCCGCCUCUGCUCUGACACCGACAGGAAGUGCGAGGCUGGGGCAACUCUCUCAGGCUGGUGCACGAGCAUCAUGGGGUUGGGAAUGCAGAUUUAUGUGUUUUUUUUCUUUAUGACGAACUCAAGGAAACGGGUUAGGCUGGUAGCGGCGGAUUCAGCCGCUUCAAUGACGAUGAGAAUUCAGAGAAUGAGGUUGGCGCUGCAGUUGGUCAUCACUGACGUGUUCUUUAUUUUUUUCUAAGCUUGCUUUUCUGAGCUAGCUCAGCUGCUGUCCACAGUGGUGAUGUUUGAUCUGAACGUACAACCUUCAGCUGCACUGUUUAGCAUCAUGAAUCAGGCCUUCUGUUUAUUCCAUCUUAUUGUUUCAAGCAGCGACGUUCAUCAUGGGCGCUAUUAGCAGGGAUGGUUGGGAUGGGGGUUUCUCGUAUCAGGGACGACAUGUUCAGAAAUGCUGC